AUGGUGAAGUCAUAUUUGAAAUUCGAGGCUUCAAAGACUUUCGGCUUGGUUACUUCCGCUUCUGCAAAUGCGGUUUGGCUGAAGGAUGAGAAAACGCCAGGGUCGACUCGAAAGUCUGGUGCUGGACGUGCGGUAGUGGGCGCUGGAGAGAAUGUGUUAUGCUGGGAUAUCAAGAAAGGGGAUUUGCUGUCGAAAUGGAGAGACCCUAAGUGCCAGGCGCAAGUAACGGCAAUCGCGCAGAGUAAAACAGAUGAGGACCUCUUCGCCGUUGGGUACGAGGAUGGCACGAUUAGAGUGUGGGACUCGAAAUUCUCUUCGGUAAUGAUAUCUUUCAAUGGCCACAAAUCUGCCAUUACGCAGCUAGUAUUUGACGCACAAGGAACACGAAUUGCAAGCGGCUCCAAGGACACAGACAUAAUCCUCUGGGAUCUGGUGUCUGAAGUUGGAUUGGUGAAACUACGUGGUCACACUGACCAGAUUACCUCUCUUCAUUUUCUAACUACGGAUGCCGCCGAUGAUGCCGAAGCCCUAGCACUCAGCCAGCAUGAUGGAUUCCUGCUAAGCACAGGAAAGGAUUCCCUGAUAAAAGUCUGGGACCUUUCUUCGCAACACUGUAUCGAAACCCACAUUGCGCAGGGAAACGGAGAAUGUUGGAGCUUAGGCCUAUCGCCAGACUUAAGCGGUUGCAUUACGGGUGGCAACGAGGGUGAACUAAGAGUGUGGUCAAUCGAUGCGAAUUCCAUAAAGGAGAUUGCGGGAGGGAAGGCCGAAGUAAACAGCCGUAAGGUACUAACUGACCGGGGUAACUUGUACCGCAGUGGGAAGGAGAAGACUGUAGGCAUACAUUUCCACCCACAAUUGGAUUAUGUUGCUCUCCAUGGCCCUGAAAAGUCGACAGAGGUUUGGCGAAUAAAAAGUGACGAAGAAGUUCAAAAGAGCCUGGCAAGGAAACGAAAGCGUAAAAGAGAGAAGGCUAGGGAGAAGGCAGGCGAAAGUGGCCCAGAAGGUGACGUUGAUAUGGCUGAUUCCACGACUGCUGUUUCGAUCAAAGAGGUCUUUGUCCCUCAUACUAUCGUUCGAACGGGAGGCAAGGUAUCGUCCGUCGACUGGAUGGGUUCCAAGGGCUUACAGCUACUUGUAGCUACGGCCAACAAUCAACUAGAGACAUAUGGCAUUACACCGGCUGAGAAGAAGAAAUCGAAAGAUCAGGAUGAGCCCGACUAUAGUCGUGUACUGUUCAUCGAUAUACCCGGUCACAGAACGGAUGUAAGGUCACUCGCCCUGAGUUCUGAUGACAGAAUGGUUUCAUCUGCAUCAAAUGGAAGUCUUAAAAUCUGGAACGUACGAACCGAAAGUUGUUUGCGAACACUAGACUGCGGCUAUGCUCUUUGCUCUGCUUUCUUGCCGGGUGAUAAGAUUGUGGUGGUUGGAAAUAAAAACGGUGAAAUCGAGGUAUUUGAUAUUGCAUCAUCUACUCUCUUGGAUACAAUACAAGCACACGAUGGUCCCGUUUGGUCGCUUCAAGCGCAUCCAGAUGGAAAGUCAAUGGUUACCGGCAGUGCCGAUAAGACGGCCAAAUUUUGGAAUUUCCAAGUUGUUCAAGAGGAGAUUCUGGGAACAAAACGAACCACCCCUAAACUAAAGCUUGUCCAUUCCAGGACCCUAAAGGUGACGGAUGAUAUUCUUAGCCUUCGCUUCAGCCCUGAUGCUCGCCUGUUAGCAGUCUCACUUCUGGAUAACACUGUUAAAGUGUUUUUCGUGGACUCCCUAAAACUCUUCCUUAACCUUUACGGCCAUAAACUCCCUGUCCUGAAUAUGGAUAUUUCUUACGACAGCAAAAUGAUUGUAACUUGUUCGGCUGAUAAGACCGUACGAUUAUGGGGUCUUGAUUUCGGUGACUGCCACAAGUCUUUUUUUGCUCACCAGGACAGCGUCAUGGCCGUUGCAUUUAUGCCUCACAACAAGGAAGGCGAUGGUCAUAACUUCUUCAGCGUAGGAAAAGACCGAUUGAUCAAGUAUUGGGAUGGCGAUAAGUUCGAGCAGAUUCUUAAGCUGGGUGGUCAUCACGGCGAGAUUUGGGCAUUGGCAAUGAGCCAUUGCGGAGAGUUCAUCGUAACAUCGAGCCAUGAUAAGAGUAUCCGACUCUGGGAACAGACAGACGAACAAAUAUUUUUAGAAGAAGAACGAGAAAAAGAGAUGGAGAGUUUAUACGAGGAUAACCUGCUCAAGACCUUGGAUCAAGAUGAGGAUGAUGAAGAGAAAGCUGAGGCAGUGGCAGCUGGGAAGCAGACCACUGAAACACUUACUGCAGGAGAGAAGAUCAUUGAAGCGCUGGAUCUUGGUAUGGACGACCUUGCGCUGCUACGAGAUGCCGAAGAGAAGAAACUUGCACCCCCUACUCGACACCCGCAAUAUCUAGUCCUCGGAAAUAUAUCAGCUGAACGGUAUCUUCUUAACGUUAUUCGUAAGAUACCUGCCGCCUCGCUACAGGAUGCCCUUCUCGUUCUCCCAUUCUCCAAACUACCAGCCCUCUUCACAUUCGUGGACAUCUGGGCUGGAAAAGGGUGGGAUAUACCGCUCACCUGUCGUGUGCUAUUCUUCAUUCUCAAGACCCAUCACACCCAGAUCGUGACCAGCAAGAUGAUGAAGCCAAUGCUUGACUCUAUCCGCUCUCACCUCCGCCGUGUUCUUGACAGGCAAAAGGAUGAGAUGGGCUAUAACCUGGCGGCUCUGCAGUUUAUCGGCGGCCAGGUGCGAGAACAGAGCAAAUCGGAUUAUAUCGAUGAAGAGCAGUGGGAGCAGGAAGAGAAGAAACAGAACGGAGUCAAAAAACGACAAUAUGUGUCUGUUGCAUGA